UGGUGCAAUAAACUGCCUGUCAAGCUACUUCCGCCCAUUUGGACGCCUUUGGUUGGCUGGUGUCCUUUCUCUUUCUCUCUAUCGCGGCGGUGGGUCGGAUCCGCUGUGUCCCCGGUCUGGCACGUUCCUAACCAAAUUCUUCUCGGUUUAAAUUUGGAAUCCCCUUUACGAAACCUUAAAUUUGCAGCCCCUUCAAAAUUAAAAGCCAAUUCAUCUACAUUUGCGCCUGUUCUCCCCACAAAAAGCUCUAAAUUAGAACCACUAUAAGAUGGCGGUGAUAAGCGGGAUGUCGGGGUCGGCUGUUGCCCGGCUUGAGGGCCGAGAAUUCGAAUACCUUAUGAAGAAGAGGUCGGUGACCAUCGGACGGAACUCCUCGCAGGGCUCAGUAGAUGUCAGCAUGGGCCAUUCCAGUUUUAUCUCUCGCCGACACCUAGAAAUUUUCACCGCAGGCGAAGACGGCACCGGUAGUGGGGACUUCUAUCUUCGAUGCCUCGGAAAAAACGGGGUGUUUGUGGACGGAGUGUUUCAAAGAAGAGGUGCUCCACCGCUGCAGCUCCCACGAAUGUGCUGUUUCCGUUUCCCCAGCACAAACAUAAAGAUCACAUUCACCACUCUGUCCAGUGACAAGAAGGAGGGCAGGAACGUGCCGGAAUUGCCGGUCAAGCCCGUCCAGCCCCAGAUAUCGCCGCUGACUAUCAACAUUCCAGACAACAUCGCCCAUCUCAUGAGCCCCCUGCCCUCCCCCACAGGGACUAUCAGCGCGGCCAACUCGUGUCCUUCGAGUCCCAGGGGGGCGGGGCUUUCCAGCUACAGGAUGGGCCGCGUGCUGACCUCUGACCUCAUAGGGGACAACUCCCAGUCAGAGAACGACAAGGAUGCUUCGGGAGGGGACAGCCCCAAGGACGACUCGAAACCCCCCUACUCUUACGCCCAGCUGAUAGUCCAGGCCAUCACCAUGGCGCCCGACAAGCAGCUCACGCUCAACGGAAUCUACACCCACAUCACCAAGAACUACCCCUACUACAGGACAGCAGACAAGGGCUGGCAGAACUCGAUCCGGCACAACUUGUCCCUGAACCGCUACUUCAUCAAGGUGGCGCGUUCCCAGGAGGAGCCUGGGAAAGGGAGUUUCUGGAGGAUCGACCCGUCGUCCGAGGGCAAGUUGAUAGAGCAGGCCUUCCGGAAGCGAAGGCCCAGGGGCGUGCCUUGCUUCCGGACCCCGCUGGGACCCCUCUCCUCCAGGAGCGCCCCCGCCUCCCCCAACCACUCGGGGGUGCUGUCGGCCCACUCCAGCGGGGUCCAGACCCCCGACAGCCUGUCCCGAGAGGGCUCCCCCGUCCCCAUGGAGCCAGAGCCCAGCCCGGCCCCCACGCCGCCCGCCGCGCUCCAGCCCAAACUGGCCGUCAUCCAGGAGGCCCGCUUCGCUCACAGUGCCCCUGGCUCCCCCCUGAACAGCCAACCGGUGCUGAUCGCCGUGCAGCGUCAGAUGCCCCAGACCACCAUGAAGCCUGUGACCUUCGCCAUGGCGACCACCGCCAUGGUAACCACUGCCGUUAGCUCCGCCCCCGUCAUGCAGACGGUGCACGUCCUCCACCAGAUCCCGGCCGUCACCAUGGCAACAGUGACCAGAGGGCAACAGGCCUCGGUCGCCACGGUGAAGACGGAACCUCACGAGAACGGGGGCGUGGACCACCAGGAGGUCAAAGUUAAAGUGGAACCAGUCCCAGCUAUCACCACACCCUCCAUAGGCGGGGCUAGUCGCAUCAUCCAGACGUCUCAGGCCACGCCCCUAACAACGGUUACCAUCGUGCAGCAGGCCCCCCUCGGCCAGCACCAGCUCCCCGUCAAGACCAUCACACAGAACGGAACACACCUGCUGCCCAUCAGCACCUCCGCCAGCACAGCGGUGGCGAGCUCCCUGCACCUGCUGGCCACCCACGCCUCAGCCUCUGCCUCGCUCCCCACCAAGAGGCAGAACGGAGACCAGCAGGAGCUCCCUGAGCCCAAGAGGAUCAAGAUUGUGGGGGAGGGGGCCGGCGGGGCCCCCACUGUCAACAACAACAACACAGGGAGGGAGGGAGAGGUCACGCUCAGCCAGCAGGACAACUAGGGCGGUCUCCAGCCUGACCUCUGACCCCCUGCUCCUCUGUACCAUGAGCCAGAUCGAUCCACAAUUCCGCCCCGACCCCCACCUCUGCCACCUCCCCCCCCUCCCCCGACAUGGUCACAGUCUACUCCAAGGUGCCAAAUGGAGGAGAGCUUGAGGGAGGGUUCCACCUGCGGACGGCAGAACGUCUGAAUGCCCCCCGGGGAGGAGAGAGGGGGGAACGCGCCAUGCAAGAACUAAAGACCAAAACGAGAAGCAAAAAACGGACGAUCGACGAAACAGGAAAUUGCUUUCAUGACCGGCGACUGACUUGACUCGGUCUGGAGACUCGAGACUGGAACGCAGAAGCCGACAAGCACAGGAAGCCUUCGCAGAAGUAACAUAAUCAAGAAACAAAACAGACAAAAAAAAGUGACGGAUGAAACGAGCACGUUGGAGAUCGACCCCCCCCCCCCCCCCCCAAGAUGAACUCCUCCAGUUUUGCCAAGCCUUCUCCCAGCUUCUCUCCACCACCCCAGUGCAUGCUGGGAUGGUGGAGAGGAGCCCCUGCUUAUUGGACAGCUCCUCUGUCCGUUUUUACUCUGGACCUGCCCCCCCUCCUUGAAAGAGAAGGAACCAGUGGCGUCUUGGCAGCAUGACAGAAAAGCGCUUAGUGUGAUAUGGAUGGACAGAAAGAGAAGGAGAGAGAGAGGGAGAGAGCGAAAACAAACAAAUGUGACAACAAUAGUGUAAUUCUUCAAAGGGAAGUGUGUGUGUGUGUGUGUGUGUUCAUUCAUUCCCUGAAUCUGGCAGCUAGCCUCCUAAUACAGUUGUGAGUAGAUAUGCAGUAUUCUGCUGUGUGUGUCUUGGACCUUAUUUUGAGCGUUUCUCUAUUUCCCAAGGCGAAGACAUCUAGUAAUAACUAAAAAGCUAUAAGUGGGGUCACAAACAUUCAACGUCACCUGAUAUCUUGGAAUCUUCUUAUUUUGUAUGUGGACUCAUUGUUCAGUGAAAUGAAUGUAGUCUUCUUUUCCCUGAAGAAAACACUAUCUAUGGAGUGGAUUUUUUUUGUUUUGUUUCUGUUCAGUCAGUACCAAGAGACAUUUCUUUAUCACUGUACAUCUGCAGAUUUGUCAUAUUUUAACAAAUAUCCUAUGAGAUAAAAAGUAUAUUUCCAUGCGUAUUUGACCAUAUGCUUCAUCAAGCCUGCAUGCUACCAAUUUAGAGAAAUUUUACAUGAACAGAUAACUGGAUAUGAAACUGAAGAAAAAUUAGACUGAAUCUAUGCUAUAUGAUUCGGGACAGUGCUGCACUUAACCUAUUCACUUAUCAUUUAUCUUUCCCUUCUAUGUUUUCCUUGUCAUUAUUGGGUGUGUUUGUUAACUUUUGUGUUGGAAGUUGGCAGUCUCCUUGCUUGUUUAUUUUAUUCUGUUCAGGCUACUAAGAAGUCUAUUCAGAUAGUAUUAUAUGUUCCACAAGGAAAAACAAGUGAUAGAUUGUUUGUUCUGCUUCAGUGGGUAAAUGCAACAUUUCUUUUUCCUUUUUUUUUUUUUAUAAAUUAAUUUAAAACAUC